CGUCCCCCCACCCGAACCCUAAACAGGCGACGCGCACGAACAGACACAGAAGGAGAAGCACGCCACCGCUCUCUCGGAGGAGGCGAGGCGCGCGGUGGAGGCGGCGGAGCGAAAGGCGGCGGAUACACAGCUGGCGUCGGAGCGAGCGGCGCACCUCGAAGCCGCCGCGCCGACCACGCUGUCACGCGAUUGGGUCGCCGCGCUCGUGCAGGAGAUGCAAUCCGCCACCGACGUGGACGACGCGCACGCCAGGGCGACCCGCGUGAUGCAGGCGUUCGAGGCUGCGGUCCGAGGCGCGGUGGCGGCCGAGGGAGAGGAGGGCGCCGGGGGAGCCGAGGGGGCGCGUCGCAGGUCGGCGCGACUCGCCGAGGAGAAUCUCAUCUUGAAACGCGCGGUGGCGAUCCAGAACGCGCGCCAGCAGGAGCACGGCGAGCUCCAGCGACAACUGCUGGAGCUUCAGAGGGCGUGCGCCGGGUACCAGGAGCAGUUGCAGGCGGCGCAGAGGCAGAAUUACUCGCUGGGCGUUCACCUCAAGGAGGCGCUCUCGCCCCAGGUGCCGUCGCACAGGAACCCAGACGUCUUUUGAGAAUCGCGUUGGGGCGAUGAGACCCGACGAAGAUGAGAUUCGGACGAGUACCCGAGCACGUCGCCGCGGUGUGAGUCGCCGCCGCGCGUCACGCGUGUAACGAUAGGGCCUAUCGAGAGGAGCGCCGCUCCUCGUUUGUAACAGUAACCAUCACGAUAUAUACGA